CAAAGUCUAAGUCAGUUCAUUGCCGACUCCGAGUCACCGUUGGCCACCGCGAAGUGCUGUGAUGUGCAGUGCUAGCCACGUGUUGUGAGAGACCUGACUAGUCCCGGUGACGCGAAACGCGUCCUCACCGCAACCACGGCGUCUCCCGAAGCAAUGACGCAACACAGCGACGCGUCCAGCGACCGAUCCGAAGUCUCCGUGACGCCGCCACCACCAGUCUCCAAAAUGUUGGAAUUCGCUAGUCAGCAGAACCUCAGCUUCCUCAACAUUGAACACCGGAACAUGCUCGCCGCCCCCUUGGCGGCGCUCCAUUCCAUGACAGAAAUGAAGCAACACCAACACCAGCACCACCUCAGUCCGGACCACCUCCACGGCCCCGAGAAAAACGACGAUGUCCUGCUGGAGCGUACAAGUUUACACGUAGAACGCUCCGGCUUGACCUCGCGCAGCCCCUUGGGGGCUACUAGCAACAGCAAUAGCUCCCAAGGAGCUAACCCGCAUGGUAUAGACCACAUACUCUCAAGACCCUCGCAAAUCACGACGGGACCGCUGCAUUUCCCGCAUAGUCUGGGGUUCACGCAGAACACCCUGGGGAUGGCUUCCAACAGCGCGCAAACGGCCUCAAACUCAGGCCUACGAGGGUUUAACAUCGCCGCCGCUGCCUUUUUCCAUCACCACGCCGCCAACUCCGUCAACAAGCCACCCGUCGAACUUGGCAGAAGCACCGGCGGACUUUACUGGCCCGGUUUCCAAGGACUCGUCUCAAAUCCUAUUGCUUGGCGGGACCGGCUCAGCAGCAAACAAGAUGCUUACUUUAAAUUUGUGAAUCAGGGCAAUGUGGGAGGAAUUGGGCCGGAUAAAGACACGAAAAAGAAACACACGAGGCCUACUUUCUCAGGACAACAAAUUUUCGCGUUGGAGAAAACCUUCGAACAAACCAAAUACUUGGCAGGACCUGAAAGGGCGAAACUCGCCUACGCUUUAGGGAUGACGGAGUCUCAGGUUAAAGUAUGGUUUCAGAACAGACGCACCAAGUGGCGGAAAAAGCACGCGGCUGAAAUGGCGACGGCCAAGCGGAAACAAGAAGUGCUAGAUAACCAAACUGAUGAAAACAGUGACGUCAUUUCCGAUACUGAAGAUGAACACGCAGCGAAGAGACAGAACAUACAAUGAGAAUUGGAACUUGUUCAAAUAGAGACCAAGACUCUACCUGUAAAUAUGGUUUAGUGAUCUCAGUGUUUGUGAAGACUUGUGCGUGAGACAAGAGACGUUGUGACGCGCUUUGUAAAAAUGUUAUAUAUCUAUAAAUAUAUGUAUACGUAUGUAUAAUGCUAUUUAUUGUUCAUUUAGUGCGUAAAAAUUGCGCGAUUUUGCCGUACUAGGGUGAAAAUUGGGCCGUUUUUGCGACAAAACUUGUACAGCAACAUGCUUGAAAACAUUGCGGGAAUAAUAUCCUCCAUUGUACAUAACUUUUCUUUUGUGUUUGAUAGCAAUAUUUACAGGGUGAUUACGGAAAUAGGAUCGUGGAAAAUAUUAUUCCCAUUAAAAUAUUUUUAUUGAUUUAAGAGCUCUCGCCGCUCUAAAAUGAGCUGAAUAGAUUUGUGUUGGAAAAUUUCAAAACAUCGUGCAAUCUUCUUACUAUAGGU